AUGACUGCUUUUGGAAAACACUUUACUAUUGUCGUCUUUGGAGCCAGUGGUGACUUGGCUGCUAAGAAGACUUUCCCUGCUUUAUUUGGAUUGUUUAGAGAAAAGCAAAUGAGUCAUGAUGUCCAAAUCAUUGGUUAUGCUAGAUCCGAUUUGCUGGAAGACAAGUUUCAUGCAAAGAUUUCUCAACAUUUCAAAGGUGGUGAUGAGCAAACAAAGAAGGAUUUCUUGAAACUCACUUCGUAUGUUAGGGGCCAAUAUGAUACUGAUGAAGGUUACAAGAAAUUGGAAGAAAGGUGCCAACAGUAUGAAAAACAACACGGCAUAGAUAAACCACAAAGGUUAUUCUAUUUGGCUUUGCCACCUUCUCAAUUUACUGAAGUUUGUGAACAAAUCAAGAAGAAUGUUUAUGCAGAGCAUGGAAUUAUCAGAGUUGUCAUUGAAAAGCCAUUUGGUCAUGAUUUGGAGUCGGCAAGAGAACUUCAAAAGUCAAUUGCCCCAUUAUUCUCUGAAGAUGAAAUUUAUAGAAUUGAUCAUUACUUAGGUAAAGAAAUGGUUAAAAACUUGUUGGUUUUAAGAUUUGGUAACGAGAUUUUUAGUGGUGUUUGGAAUAAAAAUUUCAUUUCAUCAAUACAAAUUAGUUUUAAGGAACCAUUUGGAACUGAGGGAAGAGGUGGUUACUUUGAUAACAUUGGUAUCAUUAGAGAUGUUAUGCAAAAUCAUUUAUUGCAAGUUUUAACUUUGUUGACUAUGGAAAGACCAGUCUCAUUUGACCCUGAAGCUGUUAGAGACGAAAAAGUUAAAGUUUUGAAAGCAUUUGAUGCUAUAAGCACCGAAGAUAUCAUUCUUGGUCAAUACGGAAAGUCUGAAGAUGGUAAAAAACCAGCUUAUGUUGAUGAUGAUACCGUUUCUAAAGAUUCCAAAUGUGUCACUUAUUGUGCAUUUUCAGUCAAUAUUCACAAUGAAAGAUGGGAUGGUGUACCAAUGGUUUUGAGGGCUGGUAAAGCUUUGGAUGAAGGUAAAGUUGAAGUGAGAAUUCAAUUCAAACCUGUUGCUAAAGGAAUGUUCAAAGAUAUCCUGAGAAACGAAUUGGUUAUCAGAAUCCAACCUGAUGAAGCAAUUUACUUGAAGAUCAACUCAAAGAUCCCUGGGGUAUCAACUCAAACUUCCUUGACUGAUUUGGACUUGACUUAUUCGAAACGUUACUCCAAAGAUUUCUGGAUUCCGGAAGCUUAUGAGUCUUUACUUAGGGAUGUUUUCCAAGGAAACCAUGCAAAUUUUGUUAGAGAUGAUGAAUUGGAUGUCUCUUGGAAAUUAUUCACGCCGUUAUUAGAAGCUAUUGAAGGUGACAAGAAUUUGAAGUUGGACAUAUAUCCAUACGGUUCCAAAGGACCAAAGUCAUUGAGGCAAUUCUUGUUGAAUCAUGGAUAUGUAUUUGAUACUCCUGGUACUUAUCAAUGGCCAUUGACUGAACCCGAUGUCAAGGGCAAAAUUUGA